AUGGCCAAGGUGUAUAAUGAGUCCCACAUGAGCGAGACAACUCCGCUCGAAGAAUCGCCCAUUCCAUUGACUGAUCCAGUGGAAAGGAUUGCUACAAUGUUGACUCCUGCAACAGCCCGUGCAAUAGAGUGGCUCGCCAAGACAAUCUUGACAUUUGUACACCCCAUCCUGUUGGCAGAUGAUGCAUCUCCUGUCUUCUGGUGGAGCUUCUCGAUCGAGGAGGUGAUCCAUAGUUUGAAUGACACUCCAACAUUGUACAUGAACUUGCCAUGGUUUUUGGGAGUUGCAAAGGCUCAAAUGAGCCUUGGUCCUGCUCGUCAUUCCACCAACACGACUUCCGGAAGACACAGGGUGCGUCAACCACAGUCUCAGAAGCUCACGGACAAGGAGAUUUUGGAGUUGAAGAACUACCUUCCUGAGUGGACUGCUGCCAAAAGGAGUGAGAAGCGAGCGAUUUUCACUGCCAUAGCAAGGGCGGCCAGGUUGUUUGCUCCUAAGUUGGACCAAAAACAAUGGAAAAAGAGGAAGCAGGUGUACAAGACUUGGUUGUUCAACAACAAGAAAAAGAAGGAAAGGAAGGACAUGAUCAAGUAUGGGAGGAAAUGGACACCCAGGAUGGUGGUCUACCAGCAGAAACGCGAAGAGGUGCUGAAGAGGAUUGAGGACGAGUCUGGGGUAAAGCCAGGAGAUCCUGGUAUGUUCAAACAUUAUCAGGCGGCGGUGAAGAGAGUCAUGGCUGAAUUGGACGACGACGAGUUGGAGAAGGCGAAAGAAACAGCGGAGGAGUGGUCCAACAACUGUCCGCCUCCGGAGAUACAAGCACAAGUAGCUCGUAAGAAGGGUCCGGCAUAUAUGGAGCACUUUUCGAACGAGAUGUGGAGGCAAUGUGGGAUGAGAGUUUUUGUGAUGUCGGCUUGGAAGAAUGAAAAGGGAGAGGUGCUGUUCGGGAUGCAUGAUGAUAAUGAGGCCUUAGGAAAUGGGGACAGCUUCAUGAAGAUGAAGGACUGGGAGGACAUUGAGCCAGUGUGGCAGGAGUAUGCGCAGGAACAGUUCGGCGCCGGGGCACGGGAUGGAGGACGUCAGGUCAAGGGAGGUCGAAAACGAAUUCGAAAACCAGCCUUCGAACUCGAAAUGGAUGGGGAGGGUAUGCCACUCCUUCCGGACAUCACCGACACCAAACUUGAGGAGAAGAAGGCCAUAGUAAGGGCCUUUCUUACAUCGCACUAUCGGAUAUGCUCCGGGAAGGACAAGGCGGUUGUGCCAUGGAGUGCCAUUGUACAAAGUCAGGAUGACUUCGUGGCCCGGACAUAUCUUCCGGCAGAUGUUGACUUAAAGGAACCUUCGAAGCUGCAAAUUUGGGACACCACUACCUUGCUCCAGUUUUGGCUCGCUCGGCAAGAAACAGGCGAAGGGCCCACAUUUCUGUUCAAAGCAUGGAAGAACAAAUGA